AUGGACUUCUCAGUGAUUACUAUUGGACAAGUACAAAAUGUGCUUUCAGCUAUGCAGAAGAACUUGGAGUGCCCUAUAUGCUUGGAUGUGGUUCAAGAGCCCGUUUCAACAAAAUGUGAUCACAUAUUCUGCAGGUUCUGCAUGUUCAAACUUAUCAGCAAGAAGAAAAAAGGUGUGGUGGAGUGUCCUCUGUGUAAGACUGAAGUUACCAAGAGAAGUCUGAAAGAAAAUUCCAAAUUUAAGCAACUAAUUGAAGGACUGUUGGAAAUUAUCCAUGCUUUUGAGCUUGACACUGGAGUGAAGUUUUUAAAGAGUGAUCACUUUCCUCAAACUGCCACGGUGGCCACUGCUGCUGAGUCCCUGUGUACAGAAAGUUCUGUCAUCCAAAGUAAGGGCUUCAGAAACAGGAGAAAAAGUGCUAAAGGCAAUGGACAAGAAAACUUCACCUUGCAGGAAGCUAGUGUGAAUAUUCAGCUUACAGAUGCCAAAAUGUGUCGCCCAAGAAACAAACCCCAGAAAUCUGAUUCUCAAAAGGGUACUUAUAUAGAGUUUGGCUCUGAAUCAUCUGAAGAGUUUUUUAAACAGGCAAGCAAAAUUGGGUUUGAAGACAAAGGAUCGGUUCAGAUUUCUUCUCAAGUAAGGCUGGAAGAACUUGAGAGUGCUGAGAAAGGGAAUGAAAAUUCUUGCAAUGUACAAGACAAGCCGUGUGCCAAAGAAAUAACACUACCAAAUGUCAUAGGUGAAAGUGAUUUCUCAAAGGAAUGCUUGGACAAGAAAAGCACUCAGAGCGUUGCUGUAUGUGCCAAACCUGACCAAGUGAAUGUGACUGAAUCCCACAGUUCUCCUUUAAGUGCUCUUGCUGUAGACCUGCUCUCAGAGCAGUGUGACAGAAUAGGUGAUGCCAGUCCCAUAAUGAAUGGGGACACAUUAUUCUUUAAGAGCACAGAAGAAGUGAAUGAACAGCAAAUGCAGUACAACAGUGAAAAUCAUGAGUUUGAUUUAGAAGAUAGCUCAGAAAGCAGGCUGGAUAAAAGCAAGGAGAUGGAGACUGAAGUACAAAGUAUGGGAGCUGUAGAAGCAUAUGAACCUGAGAAUGACUCUUUCCAUGACAAAGAACUUCCUCUGGAGAAGCCACCUCAGCCAGAGGCACUUCACUCUGCCACCCCAAAUAAAGUCUCCAAGAAGAGACUGAAGCAGAGCAUUCAGAAAGUCAACGAGUGGUUUUCAAAAAGCAAUGAGAUUUUGUCUUCCAGUUCUUCCCUGGAUGAAUCUGCUGCAUCAGCUGAUGUUUCAGGUGAAGGAGAUCUGUGUUUUUCAGAUAAAGAGUCUUGUAUUUCAGAAAAGACUGACCCUAUGGCACAUUCCAUGGAAAUUGCAGCAGUGGAAGGAAAAAAGAGGUGGUCAAAACAAACAGCAGAAAACAUCAAAGACAAAAUAUUUGGAAGAACAUACAAGAGAGGGAGAAAAUCAAAUCCCCCUUCUACCUUGACAGCCAUUUUGCCUACUGGAAGAAAGGAAGAUGUGGCUGCUGAUAACUGCCAGAAGAAUUUCAGCAAAGACAGACUCAAACGAAAGAGGAAGUCUGCUUGUGUCCUGCAACCUGAGGAUUUCAUCAAGAAAAAAGAUACAGAGGAGGCAGAUGGGGGCCCUCAAAACGUUAAUAGUAGCCUUGGAGAUGCUGAGAAGAAAAGAUGUGAUGAAAGUGUUGCUGUUAAUGAGAGUCACCUCUCUCAGAAUAGAGCAAGUAAUACACUAACAGAAUUUCAGGGAGGAGAAGAGUCCACAUGGAAGAAAGGUACUGAGAAUGUCACUGCCAAGCACUGUGAUGGAGAACCAGAAAUGCAUAGCUGUGAUCAGAAAAGCACCAGAAAAAGAGGUUCUGCAGCAAAAAGAUGCAGGCAUUCUAGUAGAACUAUGUGUUCUUUACAGUUAGUAGUGGAUAGAGGCUCUGUUUUCCCUGAUCCAGCUGAGCCACAGAUUGACAGCUAUCCAAGCAGUGGAGAGCCCAGGAAAGCUGACUCUGAGCAAAAUGCAGUCAGACGUAGCAGAAGGCUUCAGUUACUUUCUGAAGAAAUGACAAAAGAAACGAAGAAAGGAGUAAAGGGAGCAAGGAAGAAUAACAGUGAUCAUGGAAGGUGUGUCUCUGGAGACCAAAGGAAUGUGGCAGCUCACUCUGCUGAAUGCAAAGACCUGUGUGAGCCUCAAGAUGAGUUGAGUUUCAGGCCAGUCACUAAUUUGGAGGGAGGUGAUCUGGAAGCAAAUGAAAUGCAGGUUAGGCUAAAGAAUUUGCCUGGCACUGCAGAAACUGGAAAAAAUCUGUUCAGUCCUUCACACCGGCCUUCAAAUUGUGGUUCCACUGUGCCUGAUACAGAUUCUCAAGACAGUGAAAUACUAGGUAGCCCUCUCCUCCUUCAACUUCCUUCAGUGUCUGGUGGGCAAACUGCUUCUCACCAGACUGAAGAGGUGUCUGAAUCACCUACUGCUUUUCCCCAGGAGCCUGAGUAUGAUUUACAAAAUGUUCCAGAGGACUUCAAAACUGAAAAGUUGCCAAUGACUAAAAGUGUUUUGGAAUUGACUAAGGAAGCUGAAGACAGUGAUUUAGACACUCAGUAUCUGCGAAAUAUAUUUAGGCAUUCAAAGCGUUCGUCCUUCAGCCUUUUUCAGACUCCCAGGCAGGCACAUGCAGUGGAAGAUCCUCCUUCUGAUACCUUAAAUCUGUCAUGUGCUGCUCACGUAGAAAAUAAGGCUAGCAAACCAUUACAACCAGAAAGCUUGCAUGAGGAGAAAAGAGCUGCUCAAAACUCGAGCAGGAAUUCUGAGAAAGAGAAGCUUAGGGCUUGUGAGUUUGUCCAUAUUGAUCCUGUGCCUUGCUUUGCUGUCAGCACAGGAGAACACAGGGAUGACAUUUCCCAGGCUGCAGAGGAAGGGACUCUGACACCAACAAGAACAGGGACUGCUCAGACUGAGCACAAAAAUGGAUUGCUACAAGAAGAGCAGGGCAAUGAAAAGCCAGUGUCAAAUGAGAUAGAAAUACAAAGUGAGUUGAGACAGAAUCCCAUCAAAAGUCAUGGAAGCCAGAGUGAUCAGAGUAACACAGAGAAGCAUGAUUCCAGACAAAAUGAUUUAAACUCAGUCCAGGAAAUCAGCUUCAGUUCAGAAAGCAAUCAGGCAGGAAAGACUGAAGUUGUUGAUUUCAGAGGACCAAUUCUACAUUUUCAAUCCACAGCAAUGAUUUGUCCUGCAACUUGUCAGCAAAGCCCUGCUGAAUUCAGUUGUGAAGUCACUAGGACAGAAAGUAGCAAAAGAGAAUGUGUAAAGGGAAAUGAAGAACAAACAUCCCAAACUGUUAGCACAGCAGUGCCCAAGUGUUCAGCUGCACAAGCUCUGGAAGAACCUCUCAGAGAGAAUCAUGAUCUUAGAGGUUUGUCUGAAACCCCUGAUGGUUUACUGUGCUCUGAUACUGAUAUUGAGGACACCAGCUUAUGUGAAACUGAUAGGAAAGAGCAAUCUGCAGUGUUUGUGAAAAGUGACAAUGCCCUGGGGAAAGAGCUGCACAAUAGAAAUGCAAGUUCUGAGCCAAGAUCUCGAGGCAUUCAAAAAUCCCGAAGACGAGUGCAGAAGCUGCCAUCUUCAGAUGAAGAGUCCUGUGAGGAUGAAGACUUACCAUGCUUUCAGACAUUAAUCUUCAGCAAAUCAGCAAGCACACCUUUGCAGACUGAUAACCAAAUUACAUCUUUGGUAGAGUCUCCAGUGGUAGAGUGUCCCAGCGUGUUGCCUCACAGUGUGAGUAAUGAUGACAAUAUUGUGCAGGAAGUGCCUGAAGCUGCCCUGUGUCAUGUGUGUGUUUCACCAAGCCAGGAGUCAGAAUGCUCUGUCAACUUAUUUUCUUCCCAGUCCAACAUGUCUGAAGAAUCACCUAAUGGAGCACAAGAACUCAAGAAACAUUUGCCACAAGCUCAUGAGUCCAAACAAAUGAGCAGUGUAAGUGACUGUAAAGAAACUUCUCAGAAUUGUAUUGGAGGGCUGAAGACAACCAAAGAUGAAUGCCAAGAAGACCCAGACAUGGGAGCAAACCUAGGUGAAGCAUCUGGAUCAGACAGUGAAAUAAGUAUUGUAGAAGAUUCCUGUGGACCAUUCUCACAGGGGGAAAUCCUCACUACACAGCAAAAGAAUGCUAUGCAAAAUAGCCUGAUAAAACUUCAGCAAGAAAUGGCUGCUCUUGAAGCAGUGCUAAAGCAGAAUGGAAGUCAGAACUGUGAAGUUUUACCUGUCCAUAGGGAGCUGCCACCUUCCAGUACUGAAGGAGCAUUUGAAAUGGAACAAACAAGAAAAGAAAAAAACAGGUCUCCAGAAUUGUUGCUUCCAUCUUCUAAAUCCUCUUUAACAAAGAGAUCAGAUCUGGAGAAAGGCCCUGAGUGUGACAGUGUUCUAAAGAGCAAAACUCCCUCUGAAAAGACAGAACCUGUGCAGGAGGCAGUGCAAGAGCACAGGCAGUGUCAACUUGAAGCAGAAAAUGCAGAGGAGCAGAAAUCUGGGACCAGGCAAAACACUGCAUCUGUCCCAUCAGAUCUUUCUGGAAAUGAGACCCAGAGUCCAGAUCACCCUUCCUCCUCUGUAAGGGAUUUUAUCCCUCAAACUGCAGAAGCCACAGGUGGGCCUGUUGUAGCUCAGAACACUGAUAAAAGCUGUGGCCCAGGACACAAAUGGAAGAGAAGUGAACCUGUACCUGUUCUACACAAUCCAACUGGGAAAGAAAAUGCUGCAAGUCCAGUUGUGACCAAGAGGAAAGAAAUGUCACUUGUGGCAUCAGGUCUAAAUCACAGUGAGCAUCUCGUGGUCCAGAAGUUUGUGAAGAAAACUCAGAGCACUUUAUCUAAUCACAUUACUGAAGGAACAACCCAUGUCAUAAUGAAAACAGAUAAGGAGCUGGUGUGUGAACGGACUCUGAAGUAUUUCCUGGGCAUUGCAGGAGGAAAAUGGGUAGUUAGUUACCAGUGGAUAAUUCAGUCUUUUAAAGAAGGAAGAAUACUGGAUGAGGAGAUCUUUGAAGUUCGAGGAGAUGUAAUCAAUGGGAGAAACCAUCAAGGUCCUAAGAGGGCCAGACUGGCCCUGACUGAAAAGAUCUUUAAAGAAUUUGAGAUCUGUUGCUGUGGACCUUUCACUGAUAUGACUACAGAGCAUCUGGAGUGGAUGGUGGAGCUCUGUGGUGCCUGUGUGGUGAAGCAGCCUGACCUGUUCUCACACACAGCAAAUUCUACUGCUGUUGUGGUUGUGCAGCCAGAUGCUUGGAAGGAAAACGUGGAUUGCAGAGCAAUCCACCAGCAGAGCAAUGUUGCCGUGGUAACUCGGGAGUGGGUUCUGGACAGCGUGGCUUGCUACAAGUGCCAGGAGUUCAGUGCUUACCUCGUGUCCUGAGAGUGAACAGCAGCUCUCCUUAGUAAAAUUACUUACACAGCCUGAAGGUGGAGUUACCCACUGUUCUUUAAAGCUUUAUGUUAAUUUAAAGAACUAUGAGAUUAUAAAUGUUAAACAAUUUUUUGAAGUUAGAAAAUGUAGCACAUGGCCUCCUCAGAGAAAUGGUGAUAUGUUAUGUGCCACUGCAGCCAGUUUCUGUUUAGGUACUUGGGGACAUUUUGGAGAGAGUUGUUUAAAAGAGGAAUAUUGGGCUUGGGGUUUGAAUUUAAACAUACCUGUACUCUGGAAUAACCUCCGUAUUUUCAUUUUGCUUAAAUACAAAUCCUGAAUACUAUUUUGUGUUUAUUAAUGUAUCAGCCUUGGCCAUGGAUGGAUUAUGGUUGUGUUGAAAACUCUACAAACAGCUUUCCUGUUGUGCAAAGUUCCAGCUCACCCUAACCAGAAACACUGGCCACAGGUAUGGUCCCCAGAAUGGCAAUGAUUGAGACCAAACAGAAGGCAAGGCUUAAAACCAGGAACCUGUACCAGUGCUGUCAGGCUGAUUUCUGUGUGUGGCACUGUGAAAGGAUAAUGAACAGAUGCAUUUUAGUAUCCUGGUGACCCAUGAUAUGCCCAAUAAGAAUCUGCUUCUAAUAGUCCCUGCUUGCAAAAUGAGGCUGCAAAGAAACUGUUCUUUUUAUGAAAGAAAAUAUCUUGCUUGUUUCUGUUGCUAAGCAAUUCAAUUUCAUACCUAAUUUUGUACUUUGAGACCAGAACUGCUUGUUUAAAGAGAAAAAAAAAUGCAGCUAAGUUCAGAAAAUUGUUUUCCA